AUGAAUACACAAAAGAACAACCAAAAGCCGACCAUCGACCCCUUUGCUCAUCGUCCUGGUCAUACCCUGACAUGGGAAAACUUAGAGAUGCAAGUCAAGAGCAAGAAGAAUGGAGAAGACACGACCAUCCUUCGCAAGGUAUCAGGAGAGGCAAACCCAGGGGAACUCUGCUGCAUUAUCGGACAAUCAGGCUCUGGAAAGACUUCUCUUCUGCAAUAUCUUGCUGGUCGCGCUGAACCCUCUCGACAAGUGCAGAUCAAAGGGAACAUCUACCUCGAUGGAAAGGUGGUCGACCCCAGAUCUCAAAAACUGCAAUCCAAAGUGGCCUACACGGAGCAGCAUGAUACUCUCCUGGCCACUGCCACCCCUAGAGAAGCAAUCUACUUUUCUGCCAGGCUGCGUCUGCCACGAUCGAUCAGGGACCGUGAGAUUGAAGAACUCACUAACAAAAUCCUCAAGCAACUUCGACUCUCUAAAGUCGCCGAUUCGUUGAUUGGCGGGGAACACUUUCGUGGACUAAGUGGAGGCGAGAUGCGUCGUGUGAGCCUGGGAGUGCAGCUGGUUGUCUGUCCAAGCAUAGUCUUUCUCGAUGAGGUCACUAGUGGUUUGGACAGUCGCAAUGCUGCCACUGUGAUGCAGAUAUGUAAGGAUGUUGCCCAAGCCGGGGCCAGCAUUCUCGUGGUCCUCCACCAGCCUUCCAGUGAGAUUUUUUCGCUAAUGGACAAACUCAUUCUUCUUGAGAGAGGCCGCUGCAUGUACCGAGGCAAAGCAUCCAAGGCUGUGGAGUAUUUUGCUUCUAUGGGCCCAGGCUUUGAACUGCCCAAUCAAUACAACCCUGCAGAAUGGCUUUUGAAGGUGGCACUGGAAGAAUCAGAGAAGGUACCUGGAGAGUCAGUUUUCUUUUCGAAAGACUUGCAUUUUGAGGAAGAGUCAUCCAUGAUGACUUCAGAUGCCGGGCGCACUGAGGCCUCUGCUUCCACAGCAGCCAGCAUAACAGAGGUGGCUGCCACUGCCACCAUGUCCACCCAGCUCUCCCAGCAGCUCCAACGUGAUGUUCGCACAUUGCACAGGGAUGGCAAUGGUAUGCUCAUGCGCUUUGGGAUGAUUCUGGGUAGUAGUGCACUUUCUGCUAUUACCUUUACCGGUGUGGGUAAAGAUUCACUCCAGAACCCAGCAUCCUUUAGUUCUCAUGUCGGAGCUAUAUUCUUCUUGCUGCUUGGGACAACCCUCAUCCUCCAAUUGACCUUGUUUGACUUUAUUGGAGUCCGUGAUUUGUACAUCAAGGAAAUCAGGACAAACCAUUACAACAUGUUUACUUUUGGCCUUACAAAAUUUGGCUUGGACUUGUGUUUGAUCCUCUUACAAGCUGCAUUGGUUGUACUCAUCACAUACUGGGCUCUGGCUUUGAAUAUCCGGUUGUGGUACUUCAUCAUGAUUAUGUUUGCGUUGACCAUGGUCAAUGUGUCUAUGAGCUAUUUGCUGGGGUCGCUGCCUAAGGAUCCAAGGAUCGCCAAAGAAUUCAUCGCAUUGAUCAUCCUCCCCCAGCUGCUAUUCUCGGGCUUUUUUGUGAACCCUGAUUCCCUGCCGGUUUGGAUCUCAUGGCUGACCUAUUUGAUGCCAACAACGUAUGCUUUUAGGCUUUUUCUGGCUGAUGAGUUUUCCCAAUGUGUUGAUUUCUCUCCAGUGGAGCGCCAGCUUGUGAACUGCAUCCAAGCUCUGGUCAAUACAGAACAAACAGAUUUGGGUGGUGUUGCCUUGUUCUCUCAGGAGCAUGUUGAAUCCAUCGCCACAGAUGAUUUUACCAUCACAGUUGCUGAAACUGGCGAGUUUGGCAAGUACACUGGUGCAGUGGAAUACCUGGGAUUGAUAUCCCCAGCGGAAGAUAGCUUUGUUUUGAGUGAACCUUGUGAAGUCGCAGGAACCAGAGCGCUCUUCUUCUAUCCAUCUCCAGAGGAGAAUCAAUGUUCGUUUGUCUACACAGCACUCCAACAAGCAUCUCUGAAUCAAAAAUAUCGCCGAGAUGAAUACAAUGAUGAGUCCUAUGGCCACUUCUUCUUGGGAUCCAAAUUCAGCUUCACUUAUGCUGAUGAUCUCCAGUCAACCUGGGUUUCCAGACUGGAUGUGUUUACCCCCCAAGCUUUGUAUGAAGAUUUCAUUGAGCCCCAGGUAGACCCAACAAAAGUUUCCAGUGAGAUUUGUCAGACCAUGCAGAACUUUUGCCCCUCAACGUGGGAAAACAAUGGGUUUGCAGCACAGGAUGAUUGUAUCUCAAAGAUGUCCCAACUCCCCACAACCACCGUGAAUUCCAGAGGACAAACUGUACUUGAUGGCAAUUCCACCGGCUGCCGCACUCUGCACACUGCUCUGGUGCUCAAAGAUAGGAACCAUUGCUCACACCUCUCCUUCAUUCCAGAGGAGGAUCCAAAUGGGAACACCAAAUGCUCAGAGAGCUACAACAGACAUGCAGAUGACUUGUUUACCCCAGAAGUCUAUGCCAAAUUCAUGAUGGCAGCAGAAGACCUUGGGUUCAAUGCAACGGAUAUAAAUGGUGCCAUCAGGACCGUCAAGGAGAAGGAAACAUGCCGACAACCAACAGACCCGAUUGAAGAGGCAUCCUUCCGACAUUUGCCCUUGCCCACCAACUACUUUUGUGCUCAAUAUCUCCAGUCACAAGAUGCCGCUGGAAGCAACGACACAGUAUAUUGGAUUGUACUAGUUUCCAUGCUGGUCUUCCUUCGUUUUGCAUCACUCGUUGCCCUCAAGUCUCGCGCAUUUAACCAGAUGCCCGGUGCUGAUGUUUUCCACCAAUGCUGCGCUCCCAAGGAGGGUAAGGAUGAAGGACAGGAUAUGGCACGGGUGGUAGAGGAGAUUGCCACGGUGGAACAUGAAAGGGCUUUGGAAACUGCGGAGGUGUAG